UUACUUUUUCCUCUCACCAAGCGCGCGUCUUCUCCGCUGGACCGUCGCUCCCACAACAGCAAUUCUGCAAGAUUGAUUAGCUCUCUUGAUGAGCUGAUCGUCCAGAUCCCAUCUCUCGCUGGAAGCACGUCUUCUGAUUGCUGCCAAUUGUGUCUCAGGUAAGUUGGGAAUACGUCAGAUCGCGCUUAUGACGUGACCAGAGCUUAGGCUGAUCGAUCAUACUUCUUUUUUUCACAGCAGAGAUAACGCCAUCUGCGCCUGCGCUCGCCCUCACCGGUGUAUUACCAGACUAUAUCAACCCACACAUAGCAUCCGGGGGAGCACUGUGGGCGCGAGUCUAUGGCGAAGAAACAACCGUACAUCCCACGCCAGAUUGGCUGGGUGUAUGAUCUUGUGCUAUGGACAUUCUCCGUACUCGUGGAUCUUUUCUUCCGGGAGGUCCAUCCACGGGGUUCGUGGAAGAUCCCCAGAAGAGGACCCAUGAUCAUUGUUGCGGCUCCUCAUGCGAACCAGUUUGUCGAUUCCUUGAUCCUGAUGCGUGUGGUCCGCAGUGAAGCGCAUCGUCGCAUCUCAUGGCUCAUUGCGGAGAAGUCCUUCAAACGGAAGUUCAUUGGACUAUUGUCGAGAGGAAUCGGUGCAGUGCCGGUAGCUAGAGCAAUGGACAGCAUGAAGCCUGGUCAGGGCACCAUCUAUAUGCCGGACCCCGUCAACCAACCUACCUUAAUCCGAGGAAUCGGCACCAACUUCGAAGCACCCGAGUACGAGCGAGAGGGAACCAUCACUUUGCCCACGAUCAAUGGCACAGCACACACCGCACAUAUUGCAGAAAUCCGCGGACCGGAGGAACUUGUCAUUAAGAAACCAUUCACGCACCCAGACGCUCUGUUCCAAUUGACAGGCAAGAACGAUAUCACAGAUGAUGGAAAGUCCACGGAUGAUAAGUCUGGCCAAGACAUCUCGGAGUUCAAAGGGACGAAGUUCAAGGUUGCUCCUCAUGUGGAUCAGUCUGCGGUCUACGAAGCAGUAUUUGCCAGGCUCCGUGCAGGUGGUUGUGUCGGUAUCUUUCCCGAGGGCGGUAGUCAUGAUCGUCCGCAGCUGCUUCCACUGAAGGCUGGUGUGGCCCUCAUGGCACUUGGUACCCUCGCGGAGGAUCCUGAUUGUGGCUUGAAGAUUGUACCUUGCGGAAUGAAUUAUUUCCACGCGCACAAGUUUCGUUCCAGGGCCGUGGUCGAGUUUGGAAACCCCAUUGAGAUUCCACGGGAGAUGGUCGACCAAUACAAGAGAGGAGAGCGACGUGAAGCCGUCAGUGCGUUGUUGGACACGAUCUAUCAGUCUCUCUUAGCAGUCACUGUCACUAGCCCGGAUUAUGAAACUUUGAUGGUUAUCCAAGCUGCGCGCCGCUUGUACAACACCAAAGGCAAGAAGAUGCCUCUCCCAAUGGUGGUCGAGCUUAAUCGCCGUCUCGUUAAGGGUUAUACGCACUUCCAGGAUGAUCCACGGGUUGUGAACUUGAGAAAAGGCGUUGCGGAUUAUAACAAACAGUUGCGCCUCCUUGGCAUUCGUGACCAUCAAGUCCAGUAUGCAAAGUUCUCGAUCCUCCAGGUGGUCUUCACUCUGUUCUAUCGUCUGAUCAAGAUCGCCAUCAUGGCUAUCGGCACGUUGCCUGGUUUACUUCUGUUUGCUCCCGUCUUCGUGGCCACGAAAGUAAUUUCAGCGAAGAAAUCCAAGGAGGCUCUGGCAGCAUCUACAGUCAAGCUACAAGGUCGUGACGUGAUGGCGACCUGGAAGCUCCUCGUCGGGUUGGCGUUUGCUCCAGCUCUCUAUGCGUUUUACACCACCAUGUUUACAUACUGGACAUAUCGGAACCGUAUUCAAGGAUAUGUGCCGGAAUGGGUCCCGUUGUGGCUUGUUGUUCUUAUUGGGGUCGUCCUCUUCCCGUCGAUAACAUUCGCAGCUCUGCGAAUCGGUGAGAUUGGCAUGGAUAUCCUCAAGUCCAUACGGCCUCUCGUCUUAUCCCUUAACCCGACAUCUGCGAACACCUUGGUGAGACUCCGACAGCGACGAGAAGAACUUUCCCGGCAAGUCACGGAUCUCAUCAAUACGCUGGGUCCUGAGCUGUUCCCCGACUUCGAUGCUGCGCGUAUUGUAGCAGACCCCUUCCGUGACUCCCACGGUGAUCACAGGCUUGAUGUGGAGAGACCGGACCGCCGAUUGCCCAAUGUACCUACGAUCAAGAGGAGUGCUACCACUGGUGACAUCGGGGAAGGAACCGUGUCACAAGAACCUCUCCCGAGGAACGAGUCUUUCCAUAACUUCUCUCAUAUUGGUUUCUUCUCGACACGCCCGCCUAGCCGCAGCCGCAGCCGCAGCAGUUCUAGGGGCGGCCGGCCUGGGUCUUCCGGUCACCAAUUGAAGGCAUUCACCACAAAGGAUAACUUUGAGGACGUGAGCAUGAAGAUCCGCGAUGCCAUGAGAGAGCGUGGCCAGCGGAGGCGCAGACGCAGCGAGGAUGCCGGCUGGGAGUUGGCAAGUUCCGGGACAGACACGCCGCCAAGCGAAGAAGGCAAAAAAGAUAUCUAAUGGGUUCUGGCAGAGCGUGUCAAAAUUUCCUACCGCUGCUUGUACUGUUUCACACUUCUACUUUUUGAGUUUCGGGGAAACAUUUCCUUGCGCUCAAGUCAUAGCGGUGGUGUUCGGCGUUCUAUGUAAAUGCGGUAGCUUACGCUGAUGAUGUUUGGAUGGUUGAAGAAAUAUUGAAAUCCGAUACCUCUUGAGUUUUAGGGAUCGUGUCAUAACCAGCAGAGGGAGAGAU